UCGGCAGUCCGGCACAUUUAUUAUUUAUUCAUUCCGUGUUUCGCGUUUCGGGAACGAAAGAAUUUCAAAUUUUUCUACGACAAAAAAACGACCGAAGCAAUCUGCUGUUCUCGAUUAUUCCCAGUCCUUACCAGUGUUUUUUGAACAGCCAACUCGAGCAGGAGUGGCAAUGACGAGUGAAGAAGUAGAUUCUCUUGUCAUCCAGCGCACUCAGCAAAAGUUGGGAAAGUACAUUCAGCGACCUCAUUUGACUGAUAAACUGUUAAAGCGCCCACCUUUCCGAUUUAUUCAUGACAUUAUAACGGCCGUUAUCAAUCAAUAUGGGAUUUUUGAAAACGUUUUCACGAAACAAGAGUUACUUUCUGAGAACAUUAAAGAAAAAGAAGAUAAGAUUGCAUUCCUACAAAAGUUUAUUUCACAUUUGUCAUCUGAACUUGGUGAAAAUUUAAAUAUCAAGCCAUCAAAGAUAGUGGCUGGUAUUGAAGCAGAAAAAACAAAUGAUUUACUUCAAGCUCUGGCUUUGGUACUUGAAAAUAAGCAAAACAGCAACACCCAAUCCAAAAGCAACAAUUCUGAAUCAAAGAACAACAGCAACUUGCACUCAACAAAGCCUGUAAAAAAUGUUAUCAAGAAAAGUUCACUACCUAGCAACAUGUCUAAAGGAAACAGUGUGUAUAAAACAACGACAAAAGCCGAUGCCGUAAGCAAACAAGCGGCUGUUAACAAAACUAAAGAUAUUGCCAAAAUCGGAGCCAACAAAUCGAAUCAAGGUUCUUCUUUAAAGCCUUCCUUGGCUGGAAUGCCUAGUAAGAAAACUAGUAAACUUGACGAAGCUAAAAAAGAGCCUGCUGCAAGUGCUAUGAAAUCUGACAUCGUUACCAAACAAACAAAGCCAAUUCCUAGUGUCUCAGCGAAACCAAAUCAUUCGUCCCGAAUCUCCAAAGAUAACAUAGGAACACUACGAAGCGUUGAGCCACUAGAAAAUCCUCAUAAAAAUCAGACAGUUAUUGUCGAUGAAGAAAUUGCUGAUACGAUUAUACCCCUGGACCGUACCAGCAACGUUGACGAUGAACCCAUCAAAGAUACAUCAGCUCUCCGUGCCGAUGAUGAAGAUAAUCCUCAAAUAACUUCAGACAUCCCCUCUAUAGACAGCGGUAUUACGAUAGAGCAACCUGUGGACACUUUGAAUAUGCAACAGACAAAAUCUGCAGCCAUUCGAGAUCUUCAAGACGAAGGAUUUGAUAAAGAAGAUUCAACUGAAACACAGGAAUUACCAGGGGCACUGUCCACUACUAUCGCUCAGCUCUCGCCUCCUCAAUCCAAUAUUUUGAAUGCGUUCGAAAAACCGAUACCCGAUCGAAGUACGAAUCUCAAUUUGCCUCUUAAACGGCCAGCCAGCGGACAACGGCCAAAAAGCUCGCGACGCCCUCCUUCAAGGAACUCAAGAGAUAGACUUUCAGUCAUUCAACAGGAAAGCAGACCGAUAACUAGCCAAGUGCCUCGAGUAAUAAUCGAGGGUAAUCCAAUGUCAGACGACGAGGAAGAUAGAAUAGUUCAAGCAGCGGUCUUUGAUCAAGCCACGGCUGAUCUGUCACAGGUGGGUGCUGAUGAGUUGAUUGGCGGUGCACAGGGUAAAUUGGUCGAACAAAUUCUAUCUGCCCAAAGAGAAUGGGAUCCUCUGAUAGAUAUGGAUCCUGGAAAUAGGGACAACAGCAGCUCUUCAGUUCAAGUUCAACAUCUGAAGAACAUGAUCCAAGAAAUGACGCAAACGGCACUACCUUUAGGCCAGUUAAUUCCGCUCAUACAUGAAGAUAUGGAUACGGUACAUCAAGAGUGGCAGUUUUGGAAGCGAGAGGCCGAUCUGUUAGAAGAAGAGUAUCAAAGGGAAAAAACAUACGUUGAUGCCGUCGUCGAAAAACUUCGUGCUGAGCUGGAGCAACUGGAUCGUGCCGUGUUCGAGUAUCAAAUAAAGUUAAAUACAGCAAAAGCCGCAGCCAUUAAAACCGAAAAAGACGUUUCACUCGUGAUUUCGAAUUUUGCAAAGAAGCGCUAAUUAAUACUAUAUAUUUAAAAAAAACCUUUUAACCCUAAAACCUAUUUAAAUAAUAUAUGGUCUCUAGUCACCAAAACA